GCAAAAUGCUUUUGGCUCGAUCCAUAAUCCGAUGCUCGCGGAGCAUCUGUUGUGCUCAAUUCCAGACCCCAUCAAGCUCACGAUUCCUGCACACAAGUCGACAACUCCACGAGAAAGAGCCCACUCCGAAGAAGCCAGACGAUCAAAAAUGGAAAAUGUUCAGAAUGACAAUGUCUGAGGAGCAAAAACUCGCAAAAACGGCGAAAAUCGAGCAAAUGAAGGCGGAAGAAGCGCCGAAAACGUUGUUCGCAAAAGUGAAAUAUUAUUUUAAAAGAUAUUGGUAUAUCGCUGUGCCGGCUCACGCGGCAUCGUGUACAGCAUGGUUUAUCGCAUUGUAUUUGGUGGUUAAAAGUGGAGUUGAUGUGAUUUCAUUGCUCGAAUGGCUUCAUAUGCCGGAUGCUAUCGUUGAAAAGGUCAAAAAUACGCCCGAAACCGCCGGAGUUGUGGUGGUUUCGCUGAUUUUGUACAAGAUCGCAAUGCCAUUCCGCUACAUGACGACACUUUUGCUCAUUCAAGCCACUUUCUGGACUCUCCGAAGAUUGGGAAAACUGAAGACCGCUCGAGAAGUCGAGUACAAGGUCCGAAGUGAAUAUGAGCUGAAUAAGGCACAUUACGGACGACGCUGGUAUCGCUAUCGCCACCUUGGAGUUCGAAGUGUGAGCCGUAAGAACAGUGUUCACGCGACAACUGCUCAUAUUGGACAAGUUCAACGAUUACAGAAGGAGCAUGAGAAGCUCAAUGAGCCGACGACGACGAAACUCCAUGAUAAUAAUAAUAAUAAAAAGAAGGAUGAUUAAUCUAAUUAGAUAUUAUUUUUCAGUGUUUUUUAGACUGUUUUUUCUUCUGUUAGGGUGCUUCCGAGUGUGUAUAAAUUGAUUUUUCCCCCCGAAAAAUUUGGCUUUAACUUUUUAUUCAUAAAUCUGGUCAUUUUCCCU